GUAAUGAAACUACAUCCGGUUUUGCCGGAAUUACGUAACCCGGAAGUGCUCGUGGUUGCGCGGUCUUUUAGGACAACACAGCUCGCCACAACACUGUGCAAGAAAUGGCGGGAGUAAACAACAUGGAGAAGAAACUGGCUGAAUAUAAGUGUGACACCAAUGAAGCUAUUUGCUUAAAGCUAAUUCGAUUUCCAGAGGACGUUGAAGAUGAUGGCACUACUUUUCAUCCAGAGUAUAGCCACCAACUUUUUGGAGAUGAUGAGGUGGCUUUUGGAUACAAAGGUCUUCAGAUACAGCUCUUUUACACAGCCGGGAACCUGAGCACUCUCUUCAAAGUGAAAUAUGUAUCUAAAGUCACUGACACGUUUGACUGUGUUGAGCCAGAUGAUGUGGACGGAAAGAUCCGGGAAAUCGUCCCUGCUGGGUUCACCUGCAACGCAGAUGACUUCAUCACGUUACUCGAAAAAGAGGCCAACUUCAGGCCCUUUGGCACCCUGCUGCACACAUACACGGUCCACAAUGAGGAAGCAGGAGAACUCACAUACCAGAUUCACAAGGCUGACUUGAGCUGCCCGGGAUUCCGCGAGUACCACGAGCGCCUCCAGACCUUCCUCAUGUGGUUCAUCGAGACCGCCAGCUUCAUCGACGUCGAUGACGAUCGUUGGGACUUCUUUCUUGUAUUUGAAAAGUACAAUAAAGAUGGGGAGACCCUCUACGCAACCAUUGGCUACAUGACAGUUUAUAAUUACUACGUGUACCCAGACAAAACCCGGCCACGUGUAAGCCAAAUGCUGAUCUUGCCUCCAUUCCAAGGAGAAGGUCAUGGAGCACAACUCCUGGAGGCGGUGCACAAAUUUUAUUGCGGCAUGCCCAAAGUUCAAGACAUCACAGCUGAAGAUCCUUCUGAGAGCUACGUGACGCUGCGGGACUAUGUGCUGGUCAAGCUGUGUCAGGGCUUGCCGUCCUUUGCUGAGGACAAACUGCACCUGGGCCUGUCAGCUGAAAUGGUGGAAGAGGCGCAAACAAAGCUGAAAAUCAACAAGAAACAUGCAAGGAGAGUGUACGAAAUCCUGCGUCUGCGAGCAACAGACAUGAGUGAUGAUGAGAAAGCAAGAAAGUACCGCUUGGAGGUGAAGAAGAGGCUCUUUGGGCCAUACAGGAAGAAUCAGAGAGAGCUGACAAAGAUGAGGAAGUGCCUGCGUCCCGAGGAGCUGGUGUCCCACUUGGGUCAGAUGGACACUCAGAUGCAGCACCAAGAGCUGGAGAAGAGCUACCAGCUGGUUGUGGAAGACUACCGGAGAAUCAUCGAGAGGCUGGCGACGCACGCCUGAAGGAGAAGAGACCUCGCCAUCCGUGUGUACAAAGCCCUGAACUCGUGCUGCUGUGACCAAUAAAAGAGACACUGGUUAGACGUCAAAUGAAACUGUGAUGGAGGAAUCGUGCAGCUGGGGUGGGGCCACACUUCCUGUUUGUCCCACAUUUGUAAGUUCAUGUUGUGUUUAUAGAUCUCAUUAUUCAGCAUUUCCCUUUGUCCCACUCUUUUGCAGCACUUGAAAUAAAAAAAAGUUAUUUGUAGGUGGCGCUUUGUGCCUUUCUUCGCCAACACUGAUGGAGAGGCUUGAUAUUAAAAGAAGACACCGUACCUCUAAAGUUAGACUUUAGUUUUACAUUUCCUUACUUUUUGUUAUUUUGGUUUUGUUUCU